CAAAUCGGCCCGUCAUACAGCUAGCUAUAAAUACAAAAAUGCAUUUUUGCCCAAAACCGUAACCCUAAAAUUACCAUCGUGUCUGCCAUUCUUGCUUUCCAACGAACGAAAUCGAUAUCGGAAGGCAGCAAACGACACCAGAUUCAAUAUGGGAAAGGUUCACGGAUCUUUGGCUCGUGCCGGAAAAGUGAGAGGGCAAACCCCUAAGGUAGCAAAGCAAGACAAGAAGAAGCAACCUCGCGGCCGUGCUCACAAGCGUAUUCAGUACAACCGCCGUUUUGUCACCGCCGUUGUUGGUUUUGGAAAGAAGAGGGGUCCAAAUUCAUCUGAGAAGUAAGCUGAUGGAUUGUGUAGUUUUGUAAGCUUAGUUUGUUGGAAUUGUUUUUACAUUGGUAUCAUGUUAUUUUAGACAGUCUUUAUUUUGAUGAUCACAGUGUUUCUAUUAAAACCUAAAAUUCUAUGAAAUGUUUUGAGUUUGAUUUUUGA